AUGGCGCCGUUCACAACAGUCCUCCUGUCUGCUCUCGCGAUAGCGGCGACGAGCUUCGCCCACAGCCAUAGCUCUGACGAUGCGCAAAAGGUUCUGUCAUCAGGCGACGACUGCCGUCAUCCGGCAUACAAGACUCACAUACUUUCUAAAUCGCCUCUCGUCAUCUACCUGGCCAAUUUCCUAACGCCCGAGGAACGAGACCAUCUGACGGAAAUUACCAAAGACACAUUCACCCACUCCGCCGUAGCUGACGGCUCAGGCGCCCAAGGCCUACGUCAAACCCGCACCUCGCAAUCGACCAACGUCCCUCGCGACUCCGUUGUUCGAUGCAUCGAGCAGCGCGCCCUUUUGUUCCAGGGUCUCGACACUCCUCGAACCCAUCUCGAGCCCGUGCAGCUCGUCAAAUACGGCCAGGGCGAACACUACCACUUCCACACGGAUUGGUACACGAACCCAAUACAUGCCACCUCAGCAUUGGGUGGUAACAGGCAGAGUUCCUUCUUUGCGUAUGUGGCGGCGUCGGACGACGUAACCGGGGGAGGGACAAACUUUCCGUUGUUGGAUGCGCCGUUGGGGGAUGAGUGGUGUAAGUUUGUCGACUGUGACGAGACGUGGGAGAACGGAGUUACCUUCCGGCCUGUGGUGGGCAAUGCGGUCUAUUGGGAGAAUUUGCACGAGGAUGGCAGUGGUGACCAGAGGAAUCUGCAUGCUGGGUUGCCGGUGACCAGCGGCUGGAAGAUUGGGAUGAAUAUCUGGACCAGACAGGGGCCGCUGGGAGAGGAUAUUCGGGGGCCUGACGUAUAG